UCUGCCUGCCUCCAGUGAGGAGGAGAGCUUGCAGAGAAGCUUAAAGAGGUGCUGGUUACAGGUUUUAUGCGUUUUUAUGUAGAUAUGAUUUCCAGACGCACAAGAUAACCACUUACCAAAUACAACGUUGUACUUCUGACCAGGCAACGAUGACAAGCAACACUCAAAAGCCUGAUGAGAAUAGAAGUAAACGUAAAAAAGAGAUGGAGAAUGAAGCUUCAGAAAAUCCUGACUUGUCCUCCCUUGACAAAACAGAUUUGGCUCUUUUGGAGAGCUCACAGUCCCUUUGCAAGCCUGAACAACUGGAGAAAGUUUUAAAUGAGAUGAACAAGGAGAUUACAAACUUGUUAUCAAAAUAUGCUCACAUUUUAAGUGAGAGAGCAGCGAUGGAUGCGUCUUAUGUCCAAGAACUUGAUGGAAUCUUAAAAGAAGCGAGGACCAUAGAAAACCACUUAAAACAGAAAAGGGAGAGUCUGAAACAGAGAUUCACUGUGAUCGCAAAUACUCUGCAAAGCUAA